CGYCGUGCAAAGCGUGUGCGCACUAGAUCGGUGGCAAUUUGUCAUACCGGCCGCGUCGAGUAGGCACGAUCGCGUUAAAAUUUCCGUACGCACUGCGACCAGACCGACUUGUACCGUUUUGUCGUCGUUAAAUCGCGUCUGAAACAAUCAUCCAAAAACGACAUUACAAUAACAUCGCGAUAAUAAUUAUUAUAAUAACAUGUCGCACCAGACCGCAUCAUCGACCGCGACCGUGUUGCGUUGACGUUCGUGUAGGCUCACGAAAGCCACUUUACGUUUCCAGACCGUUUCGAAGAUUUUCAAAAGAGAAACAAAUUUUUUUUCCACGCCUGUUUUGUUUUUUUGUUUUUUAAACCGACGGAAACAAUCGUUUCUCGUCUUUCCGUUUACAGCAACCGCGUUUCCAACGCAGUACGUCGCGUGCCCGCACCCGGUGAUCCGUCACCGCAGCACCACCAUUAUUAGCGACUCCUGCAGUCCAUAUAGAAUACCGCACUCUAAUAAUAACACAAAAUAUUACACCAGCUGAUACCACGGUCCACACCCGGGAGGAGACCUCGCCGACCGCAAAAACUACACGGCAACUGUUGCGGUAACCCACCCGACUUCAGSACGAAYACACUGCACGGACAACGAUGGACGGCAGCACGUUGAUUUUGAUAUGCAUUGCCGUCGCGCUCAUCGCCGUCGCGCUCAUCGGCCCGUUGAUUCGCAGGCGUGUGUUCAUCGCCUCGUUUCGAUCCAUCCCCGGACCGCCGUCACUGCCCAUCUUCGGCAACGCACUACAGCUAAACGGGUCCCCUUCUGAUUUCUUCAGACUUUUACUCGAAUGGCAUUCAAAAUUCGGAGACAUUUAUCAACUAUGGAUUGGUCUUCGACCAUUCAUAGCAAUGGCUGACGCUGAUCAUAUUCAG